AUGGCAGCUGUUUCACUGUCAGCUAUCUUCAAUAGCGUUGACGCAGAUCGAUCAGGCCGUAUAAGUGCUGAUGAGCUUCAAAGGGCACUCUCGAAUGGAACAUGGACACCAUUCAAUCCAGAAACUUGCAGACUCAUGAUAGGGAUGUUCGAUUCGGAUCGUGAUGGAGCGAUUGAUUUUGCUGAAUUUUCUGCGCUUUGGGAUUAUAUAAACCAGUGGACGCAAUGUUUCCGAUCAUUUGAUCGUGACGGCUCGGGCAACAUUGAUAAAUUUGAACUUUCUGCUGCGCUGAAACAGUUUGGAUAUCGUUUAAGUGAUCAAUUCGUUGAUUUGCUGAUGACUAAAUUCGACCGUACACAUACGUAUCGUGUCAAUUUCGAUGACUUCAUUCAGUUGUGCGUCGUACUACAAACGUUAACUGCGUCAUUCAAAGAUAAAGAUACGGAUAGGGAUGGCAUCAUAACAGUUGGAUAUGAAGAAUUCCUCACCAUGGUAUUCACUUGUAAUAUGUAA